AUGAAAAUUGGAUUGUUUUUUUUAUACAUAAGUUAUAUAAUCUGCAAGUAAUGUCCUCAAAUUCUAUCAUAUUUCAGUCUAAUCUAUGACGAUGGAUAUAUUCCUAAUAUAUUCUUACAAAUACCCUAAACAAAUAUUAUGGUAAUAUGUACGAGUAGUAUAAGUACCUAAAAUAAGGGAUAAAGUCAAUUGUAUUUUGCCGAUCUUAGGUCUCCUUCUCGAAGUAUAAUUAAUCAAGUUAGAGCUGAAUAUACUAUUAGUGGAAUGGAAUACAUUGAAUACUCAAACUAAAUUCUGAUUUUAAGCUCUGGUAAAAUCAUGAUUGUCAAUCCUAUUUCGUUUUAGUCUAUUCGCUUUCUUGACAUAAAUAACAUUCAAUCUAUUUUAAUGAUAUCUAAGACAAAAUAUGGUCUGCUUUUGAAUUUAGUCAAUAGGAUUUACUUAUUUGAUACACAAACAGCUCAAAUUUUAAAAACUCUUGAUUAUUUAAACGAUUAUAGAAUUAGGAAUAAAUAACAAUUCUAUUUUAAAAUGUAUGAUUUUAAAUGCUCAAAAAAUAAGAUAAUUAUUACUAGUACUGAAAUUGGAUUAACUGCAUCAAGUAUAGAUGUAAAUACCUUAGAGCUUAAAUAUCUUGGCAUCAUCGAUUAUACAUAAUAAUAUUCUGAUGGUGGAAAUUAUAGAGUAUUUGAUAAAUAUCCAGAUGACGAUGUAAUAUUUAUUGGUGGUCGAUAUCUAUAAUUGAUAGGAGUAUAAAUAUUAAAUUUUGAAACUGGUUAGUAUGUACAAAAGUUCAACAUAUAUCUAUAUGAAUACUAUCCUGACUACUAUGUUUAAAAUUUAAUAUUUACAUAUACAAACGGUAAGCCAGUAAUUUAUGUAGGGACUCCAUAUUUUCUUUAUUAUGUAGAUAUUAAAAUUGGUAAAGAUUUGGACAUGUAGCCUGAUGCUUACUGUAAAUAUAUCUAUGAAUAACAAACAUUUUCAUGGUAUAAAUUAGAAGGAACAUCUCAGAUAUAUAUGGGAGAAAUAUAUUUUGUACACAUAUUCGACUAUAACUCUGACACUUUUUACUCAUAAUUGUAUAUGAUAAAUGACUACUUCUCUAGAAGAUUUGUUUAUGAAGAUACUGAUCAAACAUUUAUAUUAUUUUAUUGGACCAAAAAUUUAUAUUAUUCUAAAAUCGAAACUUUAUAAGACUUAUAUCACAUAUAAACAAAUAAAUUUACUUAUGGUUUCUAUGUAAAUUAUAACAGUUUCUACAGAGUAAAAGGAUGUGAAUUAUGUCUUUUUGCUAAACUAAGAGACACUGCAGAUUAUGUUAGUACAACCUUAAUUUUACCAAUGGACUCUAGAGAUAAUACUCAGCCUAUUCAAACAAAUAACUUUAAUUUUACUUGGGAUAUAGUAGGACUUACGCUUGAUCCCUUUUGGCAUGUAAACUCAACAUGGUUUGUUUUAUCUUUUCCAGAUAAAUCUAAGCUGAGUUAAUAAAUAGAUGGUUUGUUUUAUUUAAUAAACGCAUAAAAUACAUCUUAAUUUUAUACUCUAACUUCACCUUAUUAGUCAGAUAAUUUAUAAAACACUAUGUACGCAGUAGCAUCAUUAGAAGAUGUAAGUAAUCCAGAAGUUAUUGGAAUUGAUGAAUAAGGGAAAAUAUAUGUAUGGGAUUUAAAUUCCCCUACUUACGAGUUUAAAUACAGUCUUCAGUUAAGGAACUGUCUUUAGGCUUAAAUAGCAGAAACUUUUUAUUACAACACAGUAAAAAAAUUAAUAAUAAUUUGUGGUGAUCGUUCUGUUUAUAGUUUUGAUCUCAAAACUUAAAAUUAAUAGUAUUUAAUUAGUCUAGUUUCUAUUCCAAUAUCAUUAAGGGCAUUUUCAAGUAUAUCUGUUAUAGCAGUUCCUGAUAUGGUUGCAAGUAUUACUUAUCUCUAUAAGUAUAAUUCUCAAUCUGGUGAAUUUGAUUUUUUAAUUUCUAUUUACUAAAGUUAAUAAAAAUUUGAUAUUUAUCAUAUUGAAUUACUCAAAGAUAAUACUUUAUGGAUCUAAUAUAAGUAUAAUUUUAUAUUUUAUCCUCUCCAGGAUUGCUUAGAUGAUCCUUCUUUUUGUACGAGUUGUCAAACAACAUUUUAUUUCGAUAUAACUAAUCAGUAAGAAUCAAUUACUGCAACUUAUGGUUAAGGAACAGAGCUUGUUCCUUUUACAAGUUCAAAUAGCUACAUUGAAGCCUUAUUAAUUGCUUCUCAUUAUAAAGAUAUUGUUUUUAACUUGACUAAUCUUGAAAUAAAUAUUAUUUUAGAUCCACGCAAUACUAUUUAUUUAAAUACAUAAUUUUUUGAUAUUUCGUUUUAGAAUUUAGUAACAUUAAAUAUAAAAAGUAAAUCCAACGAGUUAGCUUAAAUUUAGUAUGAUAGUUUGAUGUAGUUUAAUAACUAUUAAGAAAUUAAUUUUGAGAAUAUAUUAGUAAGCUUUAUGAAGUAAUCUUGUGGACUUUAGUUCUAAAACGUGAUUAAUUCAGUAAAUAUACUGAAUGUGUAGUUAAAAUCUCAAUACGAUUCUUCAAUUAGUUGUUAAUAAAUUAUAGCAGACAAUUCUUUUAUAUAAAUUUUAAAUUAUACUUUAGAUGAUUAAAACUUUAAAAAUAAUAAGUUUUUCAUAUCUACAAUCAAUACAGAUAAAGUAAGUAUUUCAAAUUUAACUAUCAGCAAUUCUAAUUUUGGGGAAUAGUUCAGUAUUUUAUAUCAGUAAACAGAUGUUCAAGCUUUUAUAUCAAAUUUAGUUUUACAAAAUAAUUAUUGUUAGAUUAAGACAAAUAGUUAAAAUACUGUUCCUUUAUUUACUGCAGGUCAUUUUAAAGUCUCUAAUGUCCAAAUUUAAAAUAAUACAUUUUGCUAUAAUGAUAUAUUUUAAACAAUUACUUCAUUCAGCCAUCCUCCUUAAACCUUUACUUUUAAAGAAAUACAAGUAUCAAAUAAUACAUUUUAUACAUAAACUAAUUACCUUUUUUUCAAUUCCCUCUAUUCUAUCUUGUCAUAACCAAGCCACUAACUGAUAGUUUAAGAUGCAAGAUUUUUUAAUAAUUCACUAUAAAUUAAAUCUAGCUCUGACUUAAAUAUUGCUUCGUUUUUUUAAACAAAUAAAAUUUAAAAUAUAAUAAUGAGUAGUGUAAGCUUAUUAACUCACUAUAAUAUAUCUUUAGGAACAUUUGAAUACUCUAAUUUGGUCAAUAUCACACAGUUUAAUUGCUCAAACUAGCAAAACUCCAAUAAAAAUUUUCUAAGCUACGCUACAGAAGGAUGCAUUCAUAUUAACGAAGCUAUUAGUGUGGUUAUAAAUAAUAUUAAUUUAAAUAAUAAGAUUAUAUAAGACAAUUCUUUAAUAGUAAUUAAUAAUAAUAAUUAUAAACAGUUAUAAUUGUCCAUUACGAUGGGAUUAUUUUAAAAUUUAUUAUUAAGCUAAACAUAACUCAAUUCCUAUGUCAAUCCAAUCCACAUAUAAAGCAGCUAUAAAGCAGAUAUUUAAAUAUCUAACUUGACAUUUUAAAACAGUUAAUUAAAUAGUAUAGAGUAUUCACUUACAUAUUCUACAACUGGUAUAUGGAUAGAAAAUCUAGUAGGAAUAGUCAAUUUAUAUAAUGUAACAUAUGAAAAUAAUUUUAGUAAUUCAAAAUACAACAGUCUGUAUAUCUAAAGUGAUACUCUUUAAAUAGUAAAUAGUACCUUUGCUAAAUCUUCUUUUAACAAAACAAAAAGUAAUUAAAUAAUAAAUUAAUUUAACUAAUAUGGAGGUAUGGUAAAUGUUGUUGUAAACUAGUUAUAGGUGUUAAAUUCUAAUUUUAGUUAAUCUGUAGCAUAAAAGGGUUCUUUUUUCUAUAUUUCGUCUUUUGGAAAAAGCUUGAAAGUUUUAUUUUCAAACAGUUCAUUUUCUGAGGGUUAUGGUUUCCUUGAUGGAGGAGCUAUUUCAGUAGAUUCAUAAGGAAAUUUAUUUAAUCUUACAUUCCUUUAAUGUUAUUUUGAUAAUAUUUAUACAUUCACUCCAUAAGCUUCCUCUGUUAGUAUUGAGUAUUAUUCUUAAAAAGGAAGCAAUUCUUAAAUCUAAAUAUUUGGAGGUUCUAUUACGAACAUAAAUGGAAUAUAAGAUAACUAUUUUAUAAUUGCUUAAUAUAUAAAAGUAAAUAUUUCAAAUGUUUCUUCUAUAACAUAAGGUUACUUCACAUCACAAUCGCUAUAUUAUGAAUUGUAUUAAAAAACUUCUUAAUCUUAACAAGCAACUUUGUUGAGCAGUGAAAACUCUUAAAUUUAAGUUGAGAGUACGAAUAUUUCAAAUUUAAGUCUAAAUAAUUAAAAUUCAAAAAUACCAUUACUCAUAAUUUCUCAAAAUUCAAAUAUUGUAUUAAAAAAUACAAAUAUAAGUAAUUGCUAAUUUGAAAAAAGUCUAAUUUAACUUCAGUUGGGACAAAUUUAAAUAUAAAACUCAACAUUUAAUAACAUAAGAUAAAUUGCUAAAUAAAGAAAUAUAUAAUAAAUAAAAGAAGUAAAUCCAUCAGAUAUUAAUUACUCUAUUAUUUUGGCCAAUAAUAGUACAGUUUUAGUCUAAAAUAAUUCUAUCUUUUCUAAUAUAAAUUGUAUUAACUGUAAUGGAGGAGCAUUCUUUGUUGAAAAUGGAAACUUAAACAUAUAAGACUCUGUUUUUAAAUAAAUAUAAUCUAGCUUUGGAGGUGCAUUCUUUAUAAAUGGAUUGCUUGGAACAAAUUUAAUCAAAAAUUCUCAUUUUGAGGAUUUGUUUGCAACUUAUAAUGGAGGUGCAUUAAAUAUCUUGCUAUAAACUUCUUAGAUAUUUAGCUUAAAUAUUGUAUCUUCAGUAUUUAUCUAAAAUUAGUCAAUUAAUGGAAGAGGUGGUUCAAUAUUUGUUUUCUCAACAACCAUUAAUCCUUAGUCACAAAUAAUUGGUAUUUCAGAAACAAAUUUUAUUUAAAAUAAGGCGUAAAUUGGAGGAGCUUUAUUCAAGUAAGGAAUUUCUCCAUUAUUGAUAGACUGUAAAUUUGAGGGUAAUUAAGGAUAUAUUUUUGGUGACGAUUCAUUUUCAUAUGCCACUAAAUUAAAUCUAGUAAAUGCUUAGGAAUUUUUAAAUAAGCAUCAUGGAAUCUUUGAUAGUGGUGAUUUAGUUAUACAUAGUUUUAGAAGUGGUGGUACUCUUACUGAUCUUAAGUUUUAGUUAAUGAAUGAUUAAAAUGAAAUAAUCUAUCCUCUUACUUAGAAUGAAAAGGAAAUGUUCAGUGUAUAAGUGAAAAUUGAUUUGUCGACACAAAAUUACAAUAGUUACUAAAUAAGAGGAAAUUAAUAUAUUUACUAUGAUUAAUUGCAAAAAGUUUUUCGGUUUGAUUAGCUUACAGUUGUUGGAACUCCUGGAUCAUCUACAACUAUUCAAUUUUUUUCAAAUCAGAUUUAUAAUCUCGAUGCAGCUUCUAAUCAAUAUUCAUAAAACUACACUUUUAAUAUAAAAAUAAAUUUUAGGUAAUGCAUUUCAGGUGAACAAAUAAAGUCAUAUAAUACUCUAACUGAGUGCGAUAUAUGUCAGAAAGGAUAAUACUCAUUUCAUGUUUAGCAAUGUUAAGAUUGUCCUACUGGAGCUAUUUGCUCAGGAGGAGAUAAUAUAGUUACUAAGUUAGGUUAUUGGAGAAAAACUGUUGAUAGUAGUCUGAUAAUUUAAUGUGAGAACUAGUAAGCUAACUGUCCUGGUGGUAUUUAUGGAAAUUUUGUUUGCUAUGAAGGACACAUUGGAGCACUGUGUGAAGAAUGUGAUUUAUAUGGAAGUGUUUGGGGGAAAUCUUAUUCGGUUUCUAGUAAAUACUCUUGUGUAGAGUGUGAUUAAGUCAAAUAUAAUUUAUAUGGAUUGCUAGGUCUAACUAUUUGGACACUAUUUUCAAUGUCCAUUUCUAUUUAGUCAAAUAUUGUUAAUAUAAAAUAGCAAACAGCAAAAGAUAUAUUAAUUAGAGCCUUUUCUAAAGGAGUUAGUUAUCAAAAUAACAAAAAUAGAUAGUCUUCUAUAUUAUUUACAAAAAAUGAAAACGAAAAUACAAUAUUUAAACAAACCACAUCAUAAGUAAGCAAGAAAAGUUUAAUGAGAAUGUUUUAUGAUAGAAAGAAAAAGUCUUAAUAUUAAGAAUCUAAGCAAAGUGUUUUUAUUAAAAUUUUAACUAAUUAUUUUCAAAUAAUCUGCUCAAUAGCAACAUUCAACCUUAAAGUGCCUUAAGGUUUCAUGGUAUUUUCUUUAUCUAUAGGAUAGCCAAUUAAAUAUACUUUGAGUUCUUUAGGCUGCUUGUUAGUAAAAUUAGAUACAAGUAUACCGAUUAUAUUUGUGAAUUUGAUUUUUUCUCAUAUUACUAUAAUUGCUUAUUUUAUGAUAUUUCUAUUAGGAUUAAUAUUUUAGAAGUCAAUUUAAAAUAUUAAAUAACCAUUUCCCACUUACAAAUUGGUAACAGCAGCAAUGUUUUUAAUAAUCUACUUUUAACCUGAUUUAAUUUAAUAAAUAAUAUCUUUGAUGUCUUGUAGAACUAUAGGCGAUACAAGCUACAUACUGUCAAACGUUGCUUAUGAAUGCUAUACUAAAUAACAUAUUCGUUAUCUAUUAAUGAUAUUGUUACCAUUUUUUAUACUUUGGAUUUUAAUAUUUCCAAUUUUAUUCUAUGUGUUAUUAAGAAAAAAUAAAUAAUAAUUAGAUGAUCCAUAAGUUAAACUUAAGUAUGGAUUCCUUUAUCAUGAAUACAAGUAAAAGGCUUAUUAUUGGGAGCUUUUGAAAAUGGCUUAGAAAAUAAUCAUAAUAUUAUUAUUGAACUUUUAUUCAUAACUAAUUAUAGUUAAAGGACUUCUCGUUUUUAUUGUUAUUGCAAUAUAGGGAAUAAUAUCUUAAAAAAUUAAGCCAUUUUAAGAGGAUGAAAUAAAUAAAAUUGAUGUUAUAUCUACUUAAAUAUGUGGAUUUACAAUAUUGCUUGGAGUAUUCUCAUAUUAAAAUCCUUUUAGCUACUUUUACUAUUGCUCUUUAGUUUUGAUAGCUGUUAUAAAUAUAUCUUUUAUAGUAUUUUUAAUCUACAAAAUUUUGAGCAAUUACAUUAGUUAACUAAAGAGAUUAAUAGUGAAUUUUGUAGAUUAUGCUUCAGAAAAAAUCAAAUUUGUACCAUUUUAAUUUAAUAAAAAAAAGAAAAAAAGAAUAUUGAAUCCAAUAAUCAAAGCUAAAGUGUAGAAAUCAUUUUAAAAUUAUUUAAAUUUAAGCUAAAAGUAAAAAAUGGAAUUUUAUAUGAACAUCUUUGAACAUGGACUAAAAUCAAAGUUUUAGGAGAGGAAUGAGAAAAACUUUAAUUCUACAGCUUUUAGAAAAAUUGAAAUAGAAAUGUCAUAAAAAACUAACUAGCAAUAGAUACAAAGUUUUUUAACAUUAGAUCCUGAAAGCAAUACAGAGUCUCUAGUAAAUAAUGUGAAGAUGAAUUGCUUCUAAACAUUAAAUAAUUGCAGCGGCUACAACAAAUCAACUUCAAAUAUUCUAUAAACAUAAAGCUAAGAAUAAUUUUUUAGAUCUCCUUUAAUACUAAGUAAUAAGAUAAAUAAAUCUACAAUAAAAUUUGAAGAUAUUAAAGAAAUAUGA